GAUAAUAUUGAUGGGCGUUGAUUUCCGGUAUCCAGAGCCUGGAUUUUCAGGUUCCACAGAGUGUGUGUAAUGUGUACGUGUGUGUUGUUUUUGAGUGCAUGUGUGUGUGUGAGUGAGAGAGAGUUUGCAGCGUGGUUGUAACCGUCCUCAGCGUGGAUACUGUCACCGCCUUGCACCGCAGGCAGGCACCGUGUUCAUACAUGCAACAUACCGACGCGGCUCCACAAUCUCUGGCCAGCAAUGACCGAAAGCCCCGCAACCAAGUCAGUCAACGGGGAUGUGUGUCAGCGCGUCAAGAACGGACUGAAGCCGGAACGAAACGGUUUGUUGAAGACCCUCCACCACUGCCAUGAGCGGCAACCGAAGCACCAGUACCACCCCGGAGAGGAGGAGGCCCAUGCAGCACCACAUCAUGGCGGCCUGUACAAGCAGCCUUUCAUUGAGUCUUACGAGGAGACUCCUAUGUUGGUGGCUGUACUCACCUACAUGGGCUAUGGCAUCCUGACCAUCUUCGGCUACCUCCGCGACUUUCUCCGUCAGUGGAAGAUCGAGCGGUGCCACAUCGCCCGGGAAAAGGAGGAGCAAAAGGACUUUGUUCCUCUCUACCAGGACUUUGAGAACUUUUACACCAGAAACCUCUACAUGCGUAUAAGAGACAACUGGAACAGGCCAAUAUGCAGCGUCCCGGGGGCCAAAAUGGACUUGAUGGAACGAUGCUCCCUUGACUACAAUCGGACGUUUGAGUACACAGGGCGGGUGGUGCAUGAUGUGAUUAACUUGGGCUCGUAUAAUUACCUCGGCUUCGCUGAGAACAUGGGCCCAUGUGCUGACUCUGCAGCUGAGGUCACUGUGAAGUAUGGCGUCGGGGUUGCAAGCACCAGGCAGGAAAUUGGUAACCUCGACAGACACGAGGAGAUGGAGAAACUGGUGGCAGAGUUCCUCGGUGUGGAGUCAGCCAUGGCGUUUGGGAUGGGCUUUGCAACCAACUCCAUGAACAUACCAGCGCUGGCAGGCAAGGGCUGCCUCAUCCUGAGUGAUGAGCUGAACCACGCCUCUCUGGUCCUGGGAGCCAGACUGUCCGGGUCCACCAUCAGAGUCUUCAAACACAACAAUAUGCAGAGCCUUGAGAAACUGCUCCGAGAAGCCAUAGUCCACGGCCAGCCCAGGACCCACAGACCAUGGAAGAAGAUCCUCAUAGUGGUAGAGGGUAUUUUCAGCAUGGAGGGCAGUAUAGUCCGCCUGCCUGAAGUGAUCGCCCUGAAGAAGCGCUACCGGGCCUACCUUUAUCUAGAUGAGGCUCACAGCAUAGGGGCCCUGGGGCCGAGAGGGAGAGGUGUAGUCGAUUACUUUGACCUAGACCCCUGUGAUGUGGAUGUCAUGAUGGGCACAUUUACCAAGAGCUUUGGUGCAGCAGGGGGAUACAUCGCAGGAAAACGGGAGCUUAUUGAGUACCUGCGCUCCCAUUCCCACAGUGCAGUGUAUGCCGCCUCCAUGUCUCCUCCUGUGGUGGAGCAAAUCAUCACUUCUAUGAAGUGCAUUAUGGGAAAGGAUGGCACAACAAUAGGCUUUGAGCGUGUGCAACAGCUGGCAGAGAACACAGUCUACUUCCGCAAGAGGCUUCGAGAAAUGGGCUUCAUCAUCUAUGGAAACGAGGACUCACCUGUAGUACCCAUGAUGCUCUACAUGCCGGCCAAGAUAGGAGCAUUCGGCAGAGAGAUGCUGAAGAGGAACAUCGGGGUCGUGGUUGUCGGCUUCCCUGCCACGCCCAUCAUCGAAUCCCGGGCACGGUUCUGCAUCUCAGCCGCCCACACAAAAGACAUGCUCGACAGAGCACUGAGUGUCAUCAGUGAAGUAGGAGACCUUCUUCAGCUCAAGUAUUCCCGUCACAGGAUACAGCCGACUUUGGAGCGGCCCUUUGACGAUAACGUGUAUGAAGAAAUUGAUGACUGAUGAAACACUCCUUUCCCAAAGUGGCGUGAACCAGAGCAACCCCCGAAAAUACUGAGCCCUUCAAGAUGGAUCACAUGUCUUCCACAAGGACGGAGACGUGCACAGGUGCCCCUUGUCGACAGCUUGCCGUUACAUAACAUCCCAACAAAAGAGAAACACUUAGAACUGUCAUCUAACUCUAGUUUGCCUUACCUAAACGUGCAGAAUUUAUGAACUCUGAUCUGCUUUCUACUGUGUGUAUUUUAUGUUUGUUUAUUUUUAUCUUUAAGUCUAAUAUUUUUUAAAGUUGUAUCUGUGUAUGUCUGCAAUGCUUGAAGAAUCUUCCUUGUUAGGCUUGUAAUUGUGUCCAUGAGGGGGAAAGGGUGGAGCUAAAUUACUUUUAAAUUUAAGUACAAGAGUUCUUUAUGCAGCACUAUUCAGAUCAGUGAUUAUAAGUGCUAAGAUUGUAUCACUGUCAGCUUGUAUGUUAGUAAAUAUAAUUCAAAAUGAAAUAUUUUUUAAGGAAACCAUUGUUGACCUUCCUGCAUCAACAUUGUUAUCUUUCAAAAUGUACGUCUUACAAAAAACACGAUAGAUCUCUGCAUCUUGAGAAAUUUUAAAAAUGACAUCACUCCUGGGCGUCAAGUAGUUGCUCCACUAUAGUUGCUCCAUUUUUCUCAACUCAACUCAACUCAACUUUAUUUAUAUAGACAAGCAUGCAGCCCAGAGUUCUUCACAAAUAACAGAGAGAUGGAAGACAACAGAGAUGGUUAAAAUAAUGAAAUACAUAAUCAUGCACAAAUAAAAUCCAAACAGAAAAAUCUAUAAAAUAAGUAAGGGUUGAAAGUAAAAAAUUUAAUUCAAUUCAAUUAAUUAUUAAAAAUCUGUAAAAGUAAAACAGAUCAGAUAAAUACAAGAAAUAAAUAGAUACAUAAAUAAGAUAAAUACAUGUUAAAACAAUUAUUAUGAUAAUGCAGUCAAGGGCUAAAAAUAAAUUACUCCAAAUUAAAAGCCGGAUUAAAAAGAUAAGUCUUAAGUUUACUUUUAAAAACACCCAGAGAGCUUGUCUCCCCAAAUCGUUCCCUUAAUGGGUGAUGAGACUUUUUAGUUUUAACAACAGCCCAGUGUAAUUAAAGAGGAGUAUAGUAAAGAAGUUACUCUGAAUGUGCAUCAAAAAUGAAAAUGAUCACAGAGGUGAGGAGGUUAGAGCGGAGCUAACAUGAUGGUAUCUGCACUGCCUGUUAAUGCCAACUCAGAGAGAGGGUGUAGAGGUGUUUAUGCAAUGCAGGGACAGAGCAUGAGAGACUGAUCGGCUUUAUAUCUGGUCAUAAAACUCCUAUAUACUGUAUUUAAAUAGCGGUGGACUAGAUUACACAUAUAUAGAUUAACUACGUCUUCAAAUGCUGUAAAUGACACAAGACGGAGAUAUGAUCAGGAGUAGUUUAUCAGCCGUUUAGUAAUGAAAUAGAAGUUUCACUGCAGAUGCAUGAUCCGUCCAGGUGUGAACGGCAGCACUUCAAGCUGUCCACAUGUGAUCAGAUCAACCGGGACUCAUAGCAGAUAUCAGGUAUUCCACCUUGAACACCCUCUGUGUGUUGGCAUUCAUGCAAAGUACAGAUACCAUUGUUCAGGCUCAACAGACAUCCCUCAUGCAUGGAACUUUCUGACGAGAAGAACGGAGCAGCCUUAGUGUGUGAACUACGUGGCAUCAAAGGUUGCAGAACAAUGGCCGCCCAUGAGUGAGUAUUUCUUAAAUUCUCUCAAAAUAUAGUAAUCUGUUGUGUUUUUUGUACAACAUGCACCUCAAGGGUAACAAUGUUAAUCCUGUAAGAUCCACAAGCUCUCUUAUGUUGGAUUCCUUUAAGGAUUAUUUAACUAAUAUUUCAGAUUUGGACUUUCUGCCAUUGGACAGAAAGAAAUAGGCCGGUCUGUCACACCUUUGAAAAGAUGGAUUAAUGCUGUUAACUUCUCUAAACCAGACUUCCCUGCACAGUUUCAAAACCAAGUCCAAUUUAGAUCACACUACAGUAAUGUCAUUCCAUGUUAUUCCAUGAUCCUUCUGGAGUUUUGAAGCAUAUCCUGACAAGCAGGUUUGCUCUCUCUCAAUGCAAGUCUUUGUCAUGAGUUGGUGAAUGUGGUGUGUGAUCACAGGUCAGAGGAGCUUUACGAAAGCAGUCCCUUUACUUUUUACCCUACGAUAGUUUGUCUUAAUAGGAAUAUCAUUCCUUAAUUUGCUUUUCCAGGAUCAGAAACGCGUCACAUUCCUAAUAACUGCUAAGUUUGGCAGAUUAUCCCUUAGGAUUUAUAUUAAGGUAACAGGAAAAGUAGCGAUGUCAGCAGCAGUAGUGGUGGGUCAGUCGGGUGCUGGUCACAUUUUUAAUGAUUGCUACUGUGAGCUUUUCACUUAGCAUUUUUAGCAUUUACAUACAAGCCAUGAAAAAAAUGUUAAAAACAGACCAUGAAGUUACUUUCUACAGCUUGUGUUUGAAUGAAAAUGAGCUCCAGGUCAAAACAACUGUGCCAAAACAGAAAUUACUCCAUCUUGUUGGUGGGAUUUCAAUAAUAGCCAUCUGUUACACAUGGAUUUGGUUUGUCUCUACGGUUACUUGCAGUUACUGGCAUCCCACAGUGGGAUUGCAUAAUUUAUCAUAAACUUUGUAUGUUUUUUUAAAUGACAGUUAGACUAAAAAGCAAGAAUAACUCGACCCAAUUUUCUUAAGGACAGAGCUGUGAGUGUAAAAUAAGUCGUAUAUUUUAUUCAAAAACCAUCUCUGCCCACUUUCAGUCCAGUUUAUUGGUAUCAAAUCACUGCUUAUGGUACAGUGUGGAGGCAUCAGUUAAGGAAGUGUGACAAAUUGAAAAUAUGUACUAGUACGCUUGUAUCUCCUCCUCUGUAUUUCCACCCUUUCUUAAAUGUGUAUUAGUAACAGCCUCACUGCUUUGUGUCAGAUUACAUUGUUUUAAUGCCUUGUUAAACAAAGUGCUAUCUUUCUGCUGUGACUGAAAAUCAUUAAUAACUGUAAUCAGUGUGACAGGGAUAGGAUUGUGUGCUUUCAAGCAUGGAUUUGGGUUUUUAUGAGUGUGUUAAUGCACUUUUUCCUCGCUUUUCUUCUGCACACACUCUGUCUUUUGUACUUUGGGUUUAUCUGUACAUCGUGUUCUUCUUUGCUGUGAGACAACACUCCUAAAUCAAGGCAGCUGUAAAAGCAAAAAGGAGGGAGAGUAAAAUCCCACAUGUGCACAUUUAAUCUUGCCUUUAUACACACUGACAAGUAUUAUGUAACCACUCGUUCCUCAUGAUAAUGCAUGUACAGUGAGAAUUAGUCAUGGAAGCUGCUCCACAGUCUGUAGUGCUCAAUUAUAUACACUGUUCUGCUAGAUGAGACUUGUUGAAUGUUAUGAAAAAUCACUCCGUUCCAAGGGAACAUACAUAUCUUGGUUUAUUGGAGGUUCUGUUUUUCCUUUUCAUUAAUGGUUCCUGUUACUUUAAAUUGAAGGAGUUCGUGUUUUUUACUUUCAUCAAUGUGUAAAAAGUUUUAAAAUUCUAAUCUUUUAAAUCACAAAAAUGAUCAUCAAUGUGCUAAAUGCUUAGGUUGUCAUUCAAAUAGAAAUUGAAUGUCUUUUUAUGUUCUUUCUCAAAUUUGCACAAAGAAAAGUCAUGAAAUGAUUCUUAAAGCGGGCAUUUAGAACAUAUUUUAAUAUUGACCUGUAACUAUGUAGAACCCCAAGAUCUAACAGCCGGGUGUCUUAAAGAUGCUUCUCUUCCUUCUUUGAAUGCUUUUCUUUUUUACAUUUCUCUUCAGAUUUAUUGAAGUUUGUUUAAAAUCAUCCUGUUGUGAUAUUUAAAAGAGUAAUCCAGUUGGUCCACAGUCUGUAAAAAAAUACAAUAUCUUCUCUUAAGCAUAUGUUUGUUUACCGUAAAGCUUGGGAGAUGCGUUUCUCACUAUUUCUAGCUACUUUUGUUCACAGUGCUCAAGUGUGCCAAUUACUGAGGCAACCAUUUGAGUGGUUGACUGCAUGUGACCACCAGUCAGAGGUGAUCCUCUCUGAAACAGUGCCUUUGAAGCAAAUGAUUUUCUAUGCCUGUCAUCACUUUGAUUGUUCGCUUGACAGUCUUAAUGGAUCUUGUACUACUUUGUCUUAAACAGUACUGGAUGUGUUCCCUCUUUUAACUUAUUGCCAUGCAUUUGAUCAUAAAAAAAUGCACUCUCAGCAUAUGUACCUUAAGUGUCACCCGUGUCCAUGAAGUCAGAUUAGAUUAUUAAACCACUAAAAAAAGG